UCUGUGGGGAUGUAUUUGCAACUCCUCACGAGCUUUUGGUUCGGAGCCUCGGAGGAAACGCUUUUAAGGCUAGUACCCCAUCUCAAAUUCCUCUGUUUUCCCCCAAUUCCGCAACACCCCGCUACUAUAUCCAUUACUGCCUCAGCCUGUCUCUCUCCUCCAGCUUGGUUCCUUCCUCUCGCCGCUUCGAGAGCGCGUAGUCAGCAGCGGCUUGCGUUCCUGUCGGUCUCGCAGGCGGGAGCAGAGCAGGACGAGGAUGUCGGAUCAGAAGGAUCCUGGGAUCAAGCUCUUCGGCCGGGUGAUCCCGUGGGGGCCUGAAACCGCCCCGGGAACCACGGAAGUGGAGGACCCGCCGCAGGAUGAGCUGCAGCCACGGGCGCCGGAGGUUGCCGCGGCGGUGGAUGAGGAUCAACACAAUGAGAAGGAAGAGAAAAAUGCUAAUGAAAUGGUUGUCAUGCCACAAGAGAAGGGUAAAGAAACCAAGGUUGACACGCCACAACAGGAGAAGGGUAAUGAAAUGGAGGUUGAUGCGCCACAAAAGGAACAUGACGACGAAAUGAAAAUUGACGCACAACAAGAGGAAAAAGAUGAACAAAUGGAAGCCGUCGCAUCACCAACGCAUGGAUAUAUAGAACCAGCCAAUUUACCUCCCUCGGAGUCGGAGCACAAGAAAGGAGACGAGGGACCGAUGGACAGUGCCGAAGAUAAAGCAGCAUCAGAUGCAAAGGGGCAGAACGAGAAGACAUCAAAUGAGGAAUCAGGCCAGGACAGGGCACUUAAUAAGAAGCCAGAUAAGAUCCUACCUUGCCCUCGGUGCAACAGCAUGGAUACAAAGUUCUGCUAUUACAACAACUACAACGUUAAUCAACCAAGGCACUUCUGCAAGAACUGCCAGCGGUACUGGACUGCAGGGGGCACCAUGAGGAACGUACCUGUUGGCGCCGGGCGGCGCAAGAGUAAGAACGCGUCAUUGCACUACCGUCAACUACUGAUGGCCCCUGACUGUAUGCUGGGGCCUAGAGUGGACAUAUCAAAGCCAGUGCUCCCUGAAGGUCUUGCAUCAUCUCCACCUGCCCCGACACAGCCAGCCAGUAGAAAUGGAACGGUCCUAAAAUUUGGGCAUGAGGUACCAUUUUGCGAGUCAAUGGUGUCGGCGCUGAACAUUGAUGAGCAGAACGGCAACAGCCCUGGAGGACCAACAGCAAGAGGUGAAAACAGGGAAGAUAAUAAUAACCCUGGAUCCGGCACACCACCAUACAACGGUGUGCCUGAAACCAUGGCCCCCGUCGUCGGCAAGAACGGGGCACCAGUUCAUUGUAACGGGGUUGCCCCAGUGCCUCAGUAUUACCUUGGAACCCCUUUCAUGUACCCUUGGAAUGUAGGAUGGAGCAACGUGCCUGUGAUGGUGCCAGGUAAAAGCAUGCCCGAACCUGCUCCUGCUCCAGAGAGCUGCAGUACUAGCUCAGCUGUAUGGAUGAACCCUCCCAUGAUGCCAGGCUCAAGACCUCCUCCUAGUCCAGCGUUUCCAUACCCUCUCGUGCCACCCGGGCUCUGGGGCUGUUUUUCCGGAUGGCCAGCCACGGCUUGGAACGUACCAUGGACCAGAACCAACGUCUGCGUGUCGCCGCCGCCGCCGCCGCCGCUGUCGCCGUCGCCAUCAAGCAACAGCAGCAGCUGCUCGGGCAACGGGUCUCCUACUCUGGGCAAGCAUUCCAGGGACACCAAUCCGCUGAGAGAGGAGAAAAGAGAGAAGUCGCUGUGGGUUCCCAAGACGCUCCGGAUCGAUGACCCUGAUGACGCCGCCAAGAGUUCGAUAUGGGCCACCCUCGGCAUCAAGCCCGGAGACCCUGGCACUUUCAUCAAGCCUUUCCAGUCCAAGGUCGAGAGCAAGGGCCAGAGGUCGGACGCUGCUCAGGUCUUGCAGGCGAACCCGGCGGCGAUGUCGCGCUCACAGUCGUUCCAGGAGAGCUCUUGACUUCAUACGCAAAGUCUGCCUUAUAUAUAGUUUUGGUACUGUAAUCCUUACAUGCUGGUAGAGUUUUGUGGCAUGCGAAAAGUGACUUCGUACCUGAAGCCUAUCUUAUUGUUUGUUUCGGUACUGUAUUCCUUACUACAUGCUAGUAGAGCUGUGCGGUAUGUGGAAAGGACAACAGAGAGCUUCUUGUAUAGCCAAUUAGCCACCUAGUGGAACUUGCAAAGAGCUUCCAUGAGAACUCUCGAGAUACUUAUGUAUUGUAAAUACUUGACAUACUGGUGUUGUAUAUACUUGACUUACUGGUGUUGCAAAGGAACUUAAAAAGGAGGGACUAAAAAUUUAGGUGCUGUUUGAAAUGUAAUGCAAAUGGUAAUGGUUUACACUUGAUUACUGGCGAUAAUAAGUUUGAA